GACAAAGAGGGAACUUCCGCAACGCUGACAUGCCUUGAAAGAGGCGGCGAGGAGGGGUCAGGUUGUUUGAUUGCGUUUUAUAAUAUUUGUGCUAACCCCAUAGGAAAUUAGCCACUUUUGCGGGGAAAGUCUGACGCUUGUGUAUAUCCUCUGUUGCUCAGAAUGCAGCCGCUUCUGGGGAAGAACCCACAAGGAGCAAAACAGCCGCAUAGGGAAGCUGCUCUGUGCUGGCGGUGAAUUAAUGGGGCUCCUCUACUGAAACGACAUGAGCCCACGGGUAUAUUCUGAGCCCCCAGAUGGGGGCUGGGGCUGGGCGAUCGCGCUGGCGUGUUUCAUGCAGUCCGUCCUGGUCUUUGGGGUCACUCGCCUUUUAGGCAUCUUCUUUGUGGAGUUCAUGGCCUAUUUCGACGAGCCGUCGAGUGCCACGUCCUGGAUUUCGUCCGUCGCCUUGGCCACGAUGAUGGUCACCAGUGAGUACCCGACUCCGGUCCGUUUCCAGGGGGGUUAAGAUAAGAUAAAACUUCAUUCACAUUAGCCAAUGGCCAUAGCGACAGUAAAACUUUACAGUACAGUGGUACCUCGGGUUACAUACGCUUCAGGUUACAGACUCCGCUAACCCAGAAAUAUUACCUCGGGUUAAGAACUUUGCUUCAGGAUGAGAACAGAAAUCGUGCUCCGGUGGUGCAGUGGCAGCAGGAGGCCCCAUUAGCUAAAGUGGUGCUUCAGGUUAAGAACUGCUGUUGCUGUUUAGUCGUUUAGUCAUGCCCGACUCUUUGUGACCCCAUGGGCCAGAGCACGCCAGGCACUCCUGUCUUCCACUGCCUCCCGCAGUUUGGUCAAACUCAUGCUGGUAGCUUCGAGAACACUGUCCAACCAUCUCGUCCUCCGUCGUCCCCUUAUCCUUCGGCCCUCCAUCUUUCCCAACAUCAGGGUCUUUUCCAGGGAGUCUUCUCUUCUCAUGAGGUGGCCAAAGUCUCGGAGCCUCAGCUUCAGGAUCUAUCCUUCCAGUGAGCACUCAGGGCUGAUUCCCUUCAGAAUGGAUACGUUUGAUCUUCUUGCAGUCCAUGGGACUCUCAAGAGUCUCCUCCAGCACCAGAAUUCAAAAGCAUCCAUUCUUCGGCGAUCAGCCUUCUUUAUGGUCCAGCUCUCACUUCCAUACAUCACUACUGGGAAAACCAUAGCUUUAACCAUAGGUUAAGAACAGUUUCAGGUUAAGAACGGACCUCUGGAAUGAAUUAAGUACUUAACCCAAGGUACCACGCAGAAAAGGAAAUUUGAUAUAAGAGCACAAUUUAAAGUCCUGAAUCAGCAGCCCUUAUUCUUAUUGCCCCUGCUAUGAACCUAGCAACCUUUGCCAUUAUCAGCUCAUUUUGAUCUGAUGGAAGGAAGGACAUUGUGGCAGCGGUUGAGUGCCCUGGGAUGGUUAGUACGAGUGGGGUGGUGAUCUCGUUCCUCAGGUUUUUUUUAAAGGGAGUGCAAGACAGGAGGACGUGGGCUGCUGUUUCGGUGCUACCGUCUCCACAGGGGCAAAGGCGUUUCUCAGGCAGGAUCUUUUGGAAUCGACCCUCAAGUACCACAGAUGGCAAAACAUCCGGUCUUGCAAGUGUAAAAGCACGUCUGUAUUUUGGGAUAGUAAGUUUGUGCAGAUACGGGGCCAGAGAAUCAAAAUGGAGAGGUGGAAAAUGAACAUACCAAGGACAGAAUUUCCUUAUAGUGGCCAGGUUGUUCUGAUGCUCGAUAUCUUUUAGACGUUGACCAUUUAGACUGUUUGCUUUAGUAGGGCCCACAGUGAGUAGGUGUUGUGGGGAUAGGACACAAGAGUGAAGUUUUUGAUAGAGGGUUUUAAGCCAGUCACUUUUGAAGUACUAGGGAUAGUAAACCAGGGAUGUUUCCAGGAUCCAAGAGCCAAUAGCCUGAUUUCCAAAUGCAGUUGUAAACCUAGCCUUGCUCACUCAUUUAAGCGGGUCAAAUCCUGAUACGAUAGCCGGUUUAAUUUCCCACCUGUCUUUUAGCAGCUGCUAGGUCCUAGACUUCGUCAAACUCUGUAAAAAGUCUGAGAGCAAGCUAGUCACUGCUCAGAGACAAAUUCAGCAUCCUUUUCUGGAAGCAAAGAAAUCAGUGCAAAAAAGAAAAAGGCGCUAUUUGUUUUUAAAACAACGGUGGACAAGCAAAGUCGUUUUACGCAAUUCACUCUUAUUCUUCAAAUUACUCCUUCACUUCUGUAGUUUCAUUUCUUCCUCCAAGAAUUUUUGGAAAACAAAACACACAAUUUUAAUAAAAUGGGUCGAAGCAGAGGGCUCUGAAUAAAUGCUCAUUUGCUUCGUGUGCAACUUGACUCGGUUUCUGCAAAAGCAAUAGCAAAAAAACUUCGUCUAGGCAACUGCCAGUAAAAUAACCCUUUUUACACUUCUGUUAAUGGCAGCUAGAAUUUGCUUGUUCGUCCACAGUCCAACUGCACUCCUCUUUUCCCCACACCCCUUUUACUUAUUUUCUUGGGUUGAAUUGCUACUGAACGCAAUGGCUGGGAGGCAGCAGCUUCUGAGUACAGUGGUACCUCGGGUUACAUAUGCUUCAGGUUACAGAUUCCGCUAACCCAGAAAUAGUGCUUCAGGUUAAGAACUUUGCUUCAGGAUGAGAACAGAAAUCGGGCUCCGGCGGCGUGGCGGCAGUAGGAGGCCCCCAAUUAGCUAAGGUGGUGCUUCAGGUUAAGAACAGCUUCAGGUUAAGAACGGACCUCCGGAACGAAUUAAGUACUUAACCCGAGGUACUACUGUACCAGUUUGCUGGAAGCUGCAGGUCGAGUAGAGCAGGACUCUUGCGUUCUUCAUGGGACACGAUCCAGCAGGCUGUUCUUGUGGCGCAUUGCAGAUUCUUCGCACGGCAGCGGGUUGGGAUAGAUGACCCCUAGGGGUCUCUUCCAACUCUCCAGUUCCCUGAUCUGUUCUCCUGUGCAUUCCAGCAGCUGGUAUUCAGACCGCAGGUGCGCAGUGACACACCUCCGCGCAGACUUUGGCCCCGGGGUUUACGACGGGCAACCUUUUGAACGUGGGUCACAUCAAGUGCAAGCGAUGUUCAGGGGGUCAGCAGUGGCAGAGAGAGCACUUUCUCGACGCUGACGUGGUUUGGAAGAGGAGGAGAGGGGACCUGGUGGUUUAGCUCUCUUUGAAAAAAGAAAAGAAAAAGAAAGCUUUCUGCUCAUCCUAUAGGAAAGUCGCCACUUCGGGGGGUGGAGGGAGAAGUCGCCUAUAUAUGCUCCAUUACUCAGAAUGCAGCCGCUUCUGGGGCAGAGUCCACAAAGCGCAAAACAGCCGCAUAGGGAAGCUGCUCUGUGCUGGCGGUGAAUUGAUGGGGCUCCUCUACUGAAACAACAUGAGCCCACGGGUAUAUUCUGAGCCCCCAGAUGGGGGCUGGGGCUGGGCAAUCACGCUGGCGUGUUUCAUGCAGUCCGCCCUGGUCUUUGGGGUCACGCGGCCUUUCGGCAUCUUCUUUGUGGAGUUCAUGGCCUAUUUCGACGAGCCGUCGAGUGCCACGUCCUGGAUUUCGUCCAUCACCGUGGCCACGUCGAAAUUCACCAGUGAGUACCCGUUUCCGAUGACCGAGUGACUGGUUUCUAAACGCAAUUGUGAGCUUAGUCGGUUUCUGCACGUGCUAUAGAGGGACGUGGGAUGCGGGUGGUGCUGUGGGUUAAACCACAGAGCCUAGGGCUUGCCGAUCAGAAGGUCGGCGGUUCGAAUCCCCGUGACGGGGUGAGCUCCCAGUGCUCGGUCCCAGCUCCUGCCAACCUAGCAGUUCAAAAGCACAUCAAAGUGCAAGUAGAUAAAUAGGUACCGCUCCGGCAGGAAGGUAAACGGCGUUUCCAUGCGCUGCUCUGGUUCAGAACACCAGCUCCCUCGGCCAGUAAAGCGAGAUGAGCGCCGCAACCCCAGAGUCGGCCACGACUGGACCUAAUGGUCAGGGGUCCCUUUACCUUUACCUUUACAGAGGGAAUUGGUGGUAACGAUUAUUGUUAUUUAUUAAAUUUGUAUACCCGCAGGUCUCAGGGUGGUUUACAACGUAAAAUCAAAUAUAAAAACUGAGGGGCAGGUGGGGUCAGCCACCUGGGAAGGGAGCCCACCCUAGAGAAGGAAAACUCUGGACCUCAACCUCCGCUGCCUUGUCAGAAAUCUUCAGGAGACUAAAAGGCUCAGGAAUAAACCCUACACAAAUCUGGAGCGGAGUCCCUAAGGCGGUUGGAUGGCGCCUUGUACGCCUCCUUCUCGCAACUCCCGCAGCCACUAAAAUACAGUGGUACCUCGGUUUUGCAAACAUCUCCGCUGACAAACGUUUCGGAACUCGACUGCCGUAAAACCAGAAGUAACUGCUUCAAUUUUCAAACGUGCCUUGGAAGUCAAACGGCUUCCGCUGAGUGCAUACGUUAUUUUUCUCAAUUGAAUUGGCAGACCGCCUAUUGCACCUCAGUUUUCGAACGUUUCGGAACUCGAACGUUCUUCCGGAACAGAAUACGUUUGAAAACCGAGGUACCACUGUAUUUGAGGGGGUCUGCCCCACCCCCAGUUGAUGGACACUGCCUUUCAAAUGGUGUUCAUGAGUCUUGUGAUUGAUUGUGCAAGGCAGGCCUUACCUGGGCGCCUCAAUAAUAUUUUAUCCAAGUGGGCACCCUUGAAUAGGGAAAUAGUCUUAAUUCCAUUCCUAUCCGCACCUUUUACCCAGACUGGGACUUGAGGCAGCUUACUCAGAUUAAAGCAAAAGAGAUAAAACGCAGAAGACUCAAAGUCAUUAGCAGAGCCCAAGCAAUAUAAAGACAGGUGUAUACAGAUAGCAAAAAAGAAAAAAGAAUGGCAUUAUUUAAAAGCCCUUACUUUAAGGAAACAGUCCGUUCCCCAAAGGCCGGUAGCUAUAAAAGCAUCUUCACCUGUUUGGCAGAAGGAUAGGAAGUGGGGAGCUGGUCUGGCUUCUCUAAGCAGGGAGUUCCUAAGGUGCCUGGGAGGAGCCACCACCAAAAAGGCCCUGUCCUGGUCCCCACCGUGCAGGCCUGUGAGGGUGGCAGGACUGAGAGAAGCACCUCCCCCAGAGAUCUCAGAUAGGGGAGAAUGAGAUCCUUCGGGGUGCCUCAGCCUCCGCCGUGAGGGUCCAGAUCAGCCCCUCUGUUUAUCUUCUAUAUUUUCAGGUCCGUUGGCAGGGGCACUGGCCACUCAGUACGGAGAGCGUCCCGUCGCCAUGGCAGGGGGGCUCCUUUCGGGCCUCGGCUAUUUCCUCGCCUCCUUCGCCACCAACCUGGCACAGCUCUAUAUAUUUAUUGGCGUGUUCACAGGUAAGGAAUGUCUGGAGUCAAGCCAGAGUCUCUUUCUUACCGGGAGGGGGCUCUUACUCCUUCCUCCGCAGUAAAGACCCCCAGCCACAGGCCAGAAAGGUUCAUUAUUUGAAUUUGCUUGCCACAUUAUACACACACACAGAGAGAACUACAUGCCCUAGGUUCUCCCUUGCUCCCUCUAAAUCCCUAUAAAUCAAUAUUGUCAUUGAUAUAAAAUGUCUUUUACAAAUGGAUAACACGCAUGCAUGUUAUCCCAGAAUUGGGUGGGACCCCCAAAAGCUCAUCUAUUCCAACCCCCAGCAAUGCAAGAAUCUUUUGCCAGUGUGGGACUUGAACCCAGAACUCUGAGAUUCAGAGUCUCGUGCUCCGCCAACAGAGCUAUCCCAGCUUACAGAGCUAUUUAUACAUAAUUUCAUAUCUGUAAGCAUUAUGAUAUACUGUCGUACCUUGGUUCUUUAACUUUAUUAUUAUUAUUAAUUAUUAUUAUUUAUACCCCGCCCAUCUGGCUGGGCUUCCCCAGCCACUCUGGGCGGCUUCCAACCAAAUAUUAAAAUACAGUAGUACAUCAAACAUUAAGAGCUUCCCUAAACAGGGCUGCCUUCAGAUAUCUUCUAAAAAUCUGGUAGUUGUUGUUCUCUUUGACAUCUGCUGGGAGGGCGUUCCACAGGGCAGGCACCACCACCAAGAAGGCCCUCUGCCUGGUUCCCUGUAAUUUGGCUUCUCGCAGUGAAGGAACCGCCAUAAGGCCCUCGGCGCUGGACCUCAGUGUCCGGAUAGAACGAUGGGGGUGGAGACGCUCCUUCAGGUCUACUGGGCCUUUGAGGCCGUUUAGGGCUUUCAAGGUCAGCUCCAACACUUUGAAUUGUGCUCGGAAACGUACACCGGACGUUCGGCUUCCGGAAAACAUUCAGAAACCGGGACGACCGCUUCCGGUUUCUGGUUGUCCGGGAGGCGAAACGUUUGCGUUGAAAGGCUCUUGGCUCCUUUCGCUGCGCCGACGUCCUGUUUCCCUGUCUUCCCCACUCAGGAAUUGGAGGCACCUUUGCCCUCUGGCCCUCAUUGGCCUUGCUGUCGCGCUACUUCGAGCGCCGGCGCCCCCUGGCCACCUCCCUGGCCCUCUCGGGCGCCGGCGUGGCCUCCCUGGCCCUCUCGCCCCUCUUCCAGUUCCUGGUGGACCUCUACGGCUGGCGCGGGGCUCUCCUGCUGGUAUCCGGGAUGGUCUUCCACCUGCUGCCAUGCGGAGCCCUGCUUCGCCCCCUCGUCUUGCCCAAGGACGAUGCCCUGGCAGCGCCCCCGGAGCAGGCGGUGAGCUGGCGCCACCGACUCUCGUCUCUCUUCGGACUCUCUCUGCUCCGCCACCGAGGCUUCAUGACCUACACCUGCUGCGGGGUGCUGAACGCGGCCGGGUUCUUCGUGCCCCUGGUCCACCUCGUGCCCCACGCCCGGGAACUGGACUUCGACGAGUACCAGGCGGCUUUCCUCGCCUCCGCCGUGGGUGUGGCCGACAUCGGGGGCCGCGUCGCCUGCACGUGGCUGGUCACCUGCGGCCCUCUCCGCCUCUGCCACCACCUCACCCUGUGGAGCUUCCUGACAGGGGUUUCUGUCCUGGCCGUGCCCCUGGGUCGCAGCUAUGGGGCUGUGCUCGCCAUCAGCGCCUGCUAUGGGUUCCUGGCCGGCGCCGUUCUCCCGCUCAGGGUCUCCACCCUGGUGGAAAUCGUGGGUCCUGCACGGAUUAUGGGGGCCAUCGGACUCAUCAACCUGAUGGAAAGCAUCGGGGCACUGUCGGGCCCCCCCCUGUCAGGUAAGGAAGACGCGGUCCAGGCCGGAGCCUGGUGGUCGGCUGGUCAGUCUCCAAGCAUUCUGAUUUUCCAGGGACAGUCCCGGAUUGACAGAAGCUGUCCCGGUUUCAUCAUCAUCAUCCUAAUUUUUAAUUUGUAUCCCGCCUUUCUAUCUUACAAUACUCAAGGCGGUUUACAAGCUGAAGAAACAAAAAAUGUACUUCUUAUAAGAAUCUAAUGCAAUACAAAAAUGUGAUAAUAAAACAUAACUUUAAAAUAGGCAGCCUACAUCAAAAUGGGGACGCGGGUGGCGCUGCGGGUUAAACCACAGAGCCUAGGACUUGCCGAUCAGAAGGUUGGCGGUUCAAAUCUCCGCGACGGGGUGAGCUCCCGUUGCUCAGUCCCUGCUCCUGCCAACCUAGCAGUUCGAAAGCACAUCAAAGUGCAAGUAGAUCAAUAGGUACCACUCUGGCGGGAAGGUAAAUGGCGUUUCCGUGCACUGCUCUGGUUCUCCAGAAGCGGCUUAGUCCUGCUAGCCACAUGACCCGGAAGCUGUACGCCGGCUCCCUCGGCCCGUAAAGUGAGAUGAGCACCGCAACCCCAGAGUCGGUCACGACUGGACCUAAUGGUCACGGGUCCCUUUACCUUUACCUACAUCAAAAUAGCAUCAUUCAACCAUCAGUUAGAAUAGUAUAACACAAUAAUAAUAUAUUAUGAUGUUAUACUAUUGAUAAAAGUUAAACAGAAACCCACUCAACAGUUACAAUAAUAGCUAAACUAUAAUCGAUAAAACAAUGACAAGCCACAGUACAUAAAACAAUACAAUACACAUUGAGAAGCAGAGGGCAGAGCAAGGAAGGUGGAAGGAGUUUCUGAUUUGAUCCUUGAAUGUCUCGCUUUUCCUUAGUUGCAUCACGUCCCUGUUUUCAUUGGAGAAAUGUUGGAGGACAGUGCUUUUUUUCUUUAAAAAAUGUUUAGGGGUACUCUCAUUUUCCUACAUACCAUAUUUUUCGGUGUAUAACACCAUGUUUAAGAUGCCCCCUAUUUUUGGCGACUGCAAAUUAAGAAAAUGGGAGAUUGCCCCCAUGUAUAAGACUACCCUCCUUUUUUAACAUUAGUAAAAGGUAAAGGGACCCCUGACCAUUAGGUCCAGUUGUGGCCGACUCUGGGGUUGCGGCGCUCAUCUCGCUCUAUAGGACGAGGGAGCCGGCGUACAGCUUCCGGGUCAUGUGGCCAGCAUGACUAAGCCGCUUCUGGCAAACCAGAGCAGUGCACGGAAACGCCGUUGACCUUCCCGCCGGAGCGGUACCUAUUUAUCUACUUGCACUUUGACGUGCUUUCGAACUGCUAGGUUGGCAGGAGCAGGGACAGAGCAACAGGAGCUCACCCCGUCGCGGGGAUUCGAACCGCCAACCUUCUGAUCGGCAAGUCCUAGGCUCUGUGGUUUAACCCACAGAGCCACCCGCGUCCCGUUUUAACAUUAUUUUUUAGUAAAAAAAACCACCUAGUCUUAUACACUGAAAAGUGUGGUAUAUUAAAAUACUGCCCCUCAAUGAGGCCAAACUUAGAUUCACAAAAUGUUUAGGGGUAUGCGUACUAAUGCGUCCCCGUCCCCCCCAGAAAAAAGCACUGUUGGAGGGUAUGGUAGACGUUCCUAUUUUCAUAGGAGGGUAUGGAAUUAUGCAAUUGCACAGCCAAGGAGGUAAGUAACUAUAGAACCUUCAGAAGACAUCUGAAGACAGCCCUGGAUAGGGAAGUUUUUUUAAUGUUUAAAGUUUUAUUAUGUUUUUAUACAUGUUGGAAGUCACCUAGAGUGGAAGGCAUGUUGUUGUUGUUAAGGACAUCCCUAUUUUCACCAGGAAAAUGUUGGCGGGUAUAAACCUGCAGCCAUCUCUCCUACCCAAGGCUGGAUUAAGACCUUUAGAGGUGCUAAGCACCUAAAAGAUUUUGAUACCCCCCCCAUAUAUCUAUUUCAAACUAUAAACCACAAAAAACUGUAAAAUAAAAUGUUACUUUUCAAAACGAAACGAAACCUGCAGUAAGAUGGAAAAUAAUGUUUAUUUUUGUAUAGUUCCACUUCAUUCAUAUUUGAAACAUUUCUUCCAACUUUUUAUGAUUGCAAAGCCUUUGAUCGGAUCCUCAGAACUAAUCUUAAUGUUUCCCCUGAGACCACAUCCACCUGUCCGUCGGGUGCUGUCAUCCCAAUAGGCGAGUGAUGUAAGCAAAUUGAGAUGAGGGGCGUUGUAGAGAUUUAUAAAGCUGUGCUGGGAGUGGGAGACACAGAGAAAGCUGCUUUUUUGCCCUUUAGCAUACUGUCAACUCAGCUUUAGUCAUUUAAAUGAACAACUUAGAUUUCACUCUCUCUCUCUCUCAAAAAAAUCCCCUCCAUUUUUGCCCGAGACUGGCGGGCUUAUCCCAUAGCUGUUAACGUUUCCCUUUUUUUAAGGGAAAUUCCCUUAUUCCGAAUAGGAUUCCUCGCAAGAAAAGGGAAAUGUUGACAGCUAUGGCUUAUCCCCCAGCCUAUCUCCUCCAUUUAACGCACUAGCCACAAAAUUCAGAACAGAACAAAUAAAGGACUUAUUUGUGCCACGCAGUUACACUGCGGAACUCCCUGCCACAAGAGGCAGUCACGUCCACCAAACUAGAUGUCUUUAAAAGAGGAUUGGGUGAAUUCAUGGAGGAGGAGGAGGAGCAGGCUAUUGAUGGCUUCCGUGCUCUCCCUUCACUGUCGGAGGCAUCGAUCCGGCGGACUUGAUCCAGCGGGCUUUUACUAUGCUCUUAUUAUGUACACCCCCAAGAUGAAUCUUAUUCCACUCACAACUUGGACCUUUCCUCUGUUCCAGGUUGGAUCCGGGACGUUAGCGGAAGUUACAAGGCCUCCUUCCUGGCAGGGGGCUCCUUCCUUGUCGCUGGAAGCCUGGGACUUUUGCUCCUGCCCGGCUAUUUCUCCCUCCAUACCCCCAGCCCCCCUACGCAGAACCAGGAAGGGAGCAAGCCGGAAGAUCCCUGGAACCCAAGCCAGCAAAACGGAGUUUGUCUAGCCUGACGGAGAUCAACCCCAGACUGUUUCGUUUUGGGAAAAGGACCAGUCUCCAUCGGCCUGGGACAUGUCAUAUUCCUGAUAUUUGGAGGCAGGAAGGCAGUAGGGUGGAGGGGGAGCAGGCUGUUUUUUUACCCUCUGUCUUGGAAGCCCCACACACCCCCAGCUUGGAAGGGACAGGAGCAAAAUAUACAUCAGUUUGGUCCAAAUUAGGUACCAGAGUCAACUCUCAAUACAUCACUUCUGGCAAAUGAGACAUCCUAGCCGCUUAGAGGGCCAUGAAAAUUUGUGUCCCGGGCUUUUGAGACCCCAUGUGCUUACAGUAUCUGAAACCAAAGCAGCACAUUAGUUGUCAGAUGUGAAAUAUAUUAGCCUUGCUUUCAGUUCUCCUACUCUGAUAUAUUGGACUACAAAACCCAUCAGCCUCUGCCAGCACGAUUGUGCACGAUUUAGGGCUGAACACCUGAAGCGUGCCAAUUUGGGUAGAAAGCUGCUGUUCUCAGGCAGCUAUAAAAUUCUUUUUUGCGCCUCCCUCGACAAUUGCUCGGCGACUUAGAAGAGCAUUUAAUAAGCUUUAUCGUGUGUGUUUUUUUAAUCACGGCGCAUACGUAAC